AUUGGGAGCUUCCGUUUGAGCUGAUGUGUGAUGCCAGCGACUAUGCUGUAGGAGCAGUACUUGGGCAAAGGAGAGGUGAAAAGAGAUUGCUCCAGUUGAAUCAGAUGGCUGAGAUGAGAGAGGAAGCAUAUGAAAAUGCUAGGAUAUACAAGGAGCGAGCCAAGCGAUGGCAUGAUAGGAACAUCCUAAAGCGAGAGUUUUUGCCUGGUCAGAAAGUCCUAUUAUACAACUCUCGCUUGAAGUUGUUCCCAGGUAAGUUAAAAUCUCGAUGGUCUGGACCAUUUGUUAUUUCUAAUGUUUUUCCCUAUGGUGCAGUUGAGCUGAAGUCAGAAGAUGACCGCACUUUUAAAGUAAACGGUCAUCUUCUCAAGCAUUACUUUGAAGGGGAAAAUAUUGAUGGUGAUGCCACUACGGUGGAUCUAGCAAAUUCGGUUGAAGAACUGGAAAAGUCGAACUAGCAACUAUAAACUAAGUGCUUCAUGGGAGGCAGCCCAUGUCUGAGAGCUAAAGUCCCUGUUGGCUCUCAAUUCUUUUGCUUCAUUUGUUUUAUUUUGAUUUGCUGUUGGUU